CCAUGAUAGUGUAUGAAUAAUUUCUUUUUCUUUUUGGAAUUGUUUUUGAUCUAUUUCAUUUUCAAUAUUAUCUCCACACGCUUACCUGAUCACACAGGGGGAUUAAGAUUUAGACGAAUGGGUGCGGAAUCUGAUAUUCACGGAAUCUUAAAAACAAAGAGUUAUGCAUAGGUCAACCUGCGGUCAGAUCUUUUGGAGGCCUGGUGUGUCUCUUUCCAGGGGGUAGCUGAUCGGUAUAUAUGAUAUAUCUCAAAAGGCCACUUGGGAAAGCAAUAUAGAGUACGUCGGAUGCUAAGCUCAAUAUAGAGAACAUGGAUAGCUAAUCAAGACAUGAAUAGCUAAAUUGCUGUAUCCCCAUGUGGAUGCUUCCAUGUCCAAUUAGUGGGAAUUGUUCAUGCCGAGAGUACGAUGCACAAAAUUUGAAUUGAAA